UGUCGCUCUGUCUACAGGAUAUGUCAUACUUGAAAUAUGUCUGCUAGCUGCUUCUAAAUCAGGCAGGGCUACAGAUUUUAACUGCUUUCCAGAUGAAUGUUGCGCAAUGCAUCAUGUGUUUCCUCCUGUAGGCGCUCAGACACAUUAUGACAUGUUUACUCCUCUGCAGCAGCUCCAGUGUGGUUUCCCUGUGACGUACCAUCUCCUGUCAGGUUUUUAGUUACAUGCUUCUGGAUUUCAGAGCUCAGAUCACUUUACGGCCAAGGAACGGGGAACAGAGCAAGCAUGAAGGAAAGGACCGAAAGCCUCCCCAAGUGGAAACUGUUGCUGGUGGCUACGUGUGUGCUGCUGCCGCUGCUUCUGAGCUCGGCGGGUUUUGUGUUUCUGCUCAUCCAACACAAAGAUCUGGUGCAGGAGCUGGUCAGGCUGGAGUCCCAGAUGCAGGAGUUGUCACUGAGCUGCAGGCUGCAAACAACCAUCCUGCCAGACGAACUGAGACAUGCCGGAGAGCUGAGGGGACCACGCCGCAGGAGACGCAACCAGGAUGGAGAGGUGACACAGAGCCAAGAGCAGAACCACCUGAUGCUGAUGACGUACUCUCUGUUUCCAAUCAGAGCCUUUCAGGAUCUGUGUAACAGCUCCAAAGGAAUUUGUUUAAUAGGUCCACCUGGACCCCCGGGUUUACCCGGUAGACCAGGACCACCAGGAGAACCGGGUCCACAAGGAAAACGAGGAAAGAAAGGUCUUCCUGGUCCUCCUGGUCCACCGUGUCCUGCCUGUUGUUCCACUGAUGUGAGACACACGUCCAUCAGAGAACAGAUUCAUCAAACCAACUUUUCUAAAGACACAAUAACAGCUGAAAACGUCAAAUACACUCAGGACUUGAAUGACUUGAAGAAACGUCUGAACAUGAAAAUGGAAACUGAGUCUGAAUCACUUGAGCCGGGCUUUAGUCACGUCUCACUUAAUCAUACCAACAGUGAAGAUGUCAGCAAGGACCUUACUGCUCCAUCAGCGGCAACAGGAAACUCAGGCAGCAGCGGUGAUGUUUUCAGUAGCAGCAGGAAUGUUCCUGAAAGCACCAUGACAGAAGAGUUUCUACCACCUCACUCAGACCUCACGUGUGCUGCCUGGGUUCAAACCAAUUUAGAAAUGAUAAUUGGUGUCUUUCAUAAAAUAUUUGGAGCAAUGCAGCCACUGAGUCCAGAUCCGGAUAUCAGAGAUGUCUUCGACUCAAUGCUUCAGCAUCUCAGACUCGAAUCACCUUCAUCUGGAGCUAAAAACUCCAGCAGCAUCCUGAAUGAUACGGACUUGGAGAAAUAUCUGGACACAGAAACUGUCUCUGAGUUGAAAUCAUCACAUCCAGAUAUCACUUGUGCUGCUUGGUUCGAAGACGUUUUACAAAAUCUAAAAGAAGUUUUUCAUAAAUUCUUCACAGAGUUACAGAGUUCAGGUCCUCACGCCAGGGACGUCUUCAACUCCACUGACUUACAGAAACUUUGGCUCUUUGAAGCUGCUGAAAACUCCGGAAAACACAUGAAUGACACUGAUGCUGGACAAUUCCAGGAAGAUGGCAUCCAUCACGCCUUUAAUGACUCAGACACAGAAGAUGUUACAGAAGGACCAAUUAAAUCAUCACCAGGUUUACUUGCUCCAGACCAAACCAGUGAUGUCUUCAGUGACACCAGAGACAGUGAAACUAGCCUGAAAAGUGAACCCCCAACACAACAAUCAGCUGGGAUCAUCAGUGAUGCUCUGAAUGUUUUUGACUCUUAUGAUCAUCUAGACACAACAAGAAAACCUGAUCUAGAACUAUUUCAUGGAGACGAGAGCCGUGAACUGGAGGACCUUUUAGAUUCUGAAGGUUUUGCAGAGUCAGGCACAUCUUCACCAGACACUAAUGAAAUAAAACCAUUCAGCCAUGAUGGCAUCAGACAUGUGAAUAACAGUGGAAUAAUAAGUGAUCAAAACACCAGAGAUGCUGCCGUCCUCCUCCCUAAUUCAUCCUCCUUUUCCUCUCGUUCUCACCUCCUCCCUAAUUCAUCUUCUUCCUCCCAUUCCAUCAUUCUCCCUAAUUCAUCCUCCUCCUCCCCUUCUCUGCUCCUCCCCAAUUCAUCCUCAUCCUCCCAUUCCAUCCUUCUUCCAAAUUCAUCCUCCUCUUCCUCCCCUUCUCUCCUCCUCCUUAAUUCAUCUUCAUCCUCUGCUUCUCUCCUCCUCCCUAAUUCAUCUUAUUCCUCCCAUUCCAUCAUCCUCCCUAAUUCAUCCUCCUCCUCCUCCCCUUCUCUCCUCCUCCCCAAUUCAUCCUCAUCCUCCCAUUCCAUCCUUCUUCCUAAUUCAUCCUCCUCCUCCUCCCAUUCUCUCCUCCUCCCCAAUUCAUCCUCCUCCUCCAAGUCUCUCUUCCUCACUAACUCAUCCUCCCGUUCUCUCCUCCUCCUUAAUUCAUCAUCCCCUUCCUUGUCUCUUCCCCCCAAUUCCUCAUCCUUCUCCCCUUCUCUUCUCCUCCCUAAACCUUCCUCUUCCUCCCAUCCUCUGCUCCUCCCCAAAUCUCCAUCUUUCUCCCAUCCUCUCUUCCUCCCUAAAUCUCCCACUCCCUCUUCCUCCCCUCUUCUCCUCCCCAGAUCUUCCUCUCUCUCCCCAUCUCUUCUCCUCCCUCAUCCUUCAUCUUCCUCCCCUUCUCUCCUCCCCUCUAAUCCUUCCUCCUCCUCUUCCUCACCUCCUAUCCUCCUCUCUAAAUCUUCCUUUUCCUUCCCUCAUCUCCUCCAACACAAUCCCUCCUCUUCAUCAUCUCCCAUCAUCCUCCCUAAAUCUUCCUCCCCUCCUCUCCUCCGACCCAAUCCCUCCUCUCUCUCCCCCCCAUCUCUCCCUGACAUAAAAAACUCAGAAAAUCACCUCAACAGAAGAAAGAAACCUGCUGCACCAUCUGCAGAUGUGGAGCAAAGGAGGACCACUUCAAACAGCAAUGGAAACUUUAUUGACAAACCAGUGAGAAAUGGCUCUUCAAAUCAUUUCAAGAUCAAUGGCGAGAAACACUUAAAGAGUUGCCGUGUCAAAACCAUUGCUUGCUCAGAGAAAAUUUCCAAUAUGAAAGCAACUUUUGGAGCCUGGAUGUCAGACGCAUCUCGACAGAAUGACAAUCGAUUCUGGCUGGCUGAACAUUUCUCAGGUCGAGUUUUGCACGAGUUUCAGAACGUUUCAGCGUUUCUGGAGGGACAGAGCAACACUAUAGACCCCGGGCUGUACUAUCAGGGGUGUGGCCAUGUUAUUUAUAAGGGAUCUUUUUAUUUCCACAAUGGAGGAACAAACAGGCUAAUAAAGUUUUCCUUGAACUCAAGGAAAAAAAGCACAGUGGUAAUACCACACAGCAAAUAUAAUAACCUGACCUAUCUCUUCCGCAACUCAAAGACAUAUUUUAAGUUUGCUGUGGAUGAAAACGGACUGUGGGUCAUCUUUGCCUCAAGCUUAGACGAUAACACCAUGGUUGCAGAGAUCAACGCCAACUCCUUCUCUGUGAAGUCCAUCAUUAACACAGGCUACCCCACCGCCAAAGCAGGAAAUGCUUUCAUUGUGUGUGGCGUGCUGUAUUUCACAGACGACAUAGACAAAAAAGUGACUUACACCUUUGAUUUAAAAGCAAAAUCUUCUCUUGAUGCAAGUUUUGAUCUAAGACCAGCCAGUGGCACCUUGGCUAUGCUGUCAUACUAUCCAAACACAAAGCUUUUGUACAUGUGGAAUGACAAAAGUGUGAGCACCUGCAAAAUUAAAUUCAAACACAUUUAGAACCAAAAAUUUAGAUAUCAAACAAAAAUGAAAUCAUUCAAUUUUCAUACAUAUGUAGAUGUGUGUGUGCGUGUGCUUUCCAAUGACUUUGUCCUUUAUUGUUUGUUUUGUUGCAAUGAUGUGUGACCCUAAGAGUGCUGAGUACUUUACUGACAUAAGCAUUGAUUGAUUUCGAAAGCAUGACCAGAUCUAUUGUGCUGGUGGAUAAAGACGUCACACAAUCAAAUCUCAGAUUUUUAAGGUUCAAAGAGCUAAUGAGCUGCUUUUAUGUUUAGCAGAAAAUGUAAAUGAAAAAAUUAAAGUUAUAUUUGGGUCAAUUUGAAAUGUUUUUCUGUGUAAAGGUUGUAAAUAACGAUCAUAUUACCACAGGCCUCUUUUGAGAAUCAAUGGUUUUUUCACGGGAUUGAUAGGCUAACCGCAAGUCAAAAUGUAGAUCUUAUCAGAAGAAGAAGAAAGUAUCAUUUCUAUAGUGCCUCUCAAGAUAAAAAUCACGAGGUGCUUAUUUUUAACAGGAUAUAAUCCCAGCUUCUUAAAAGAUGUUCAAUCGAUAUUCACAGAAUGUCCUGCAUACGUUUAUAAAUAUUUUCACUUUUGUUCAAUAUCACAUUACAGUUAUUUAUAUUGAGUUCUCAGUUCAGUUCAUUUACAAACAUAAAUAAUCACCAAAAGUAGUAAAAUGUAGCAUUUAUAAUAAAUCAUCCAGGGUGUAUUUCUUUAGACUGAAACUGAACUGAUUGUGUACUAUAAAAAUAACAGACAAUUUGCAUUACACGGAAACUGAUUAAUCCAUGUAGCCAUGCACUGGGAGGUCAUUUUGGUCAGAAAGGGCUCCAAAUAAUAAUAAUAAAAAAGCUUUUGGAAUUUUUUAAUAAAAGUGGAGAUAUCUAAAUGGCUGCAUCUUUUGUUACAUUAUAAGAGGCAUUAAAAUAGAGGUAUUUUAUUUGUGUGUAUAAUGUUCCUUUAAUCUGAAUGUUGAGAAAAUUGUGAAACAUUUUUUCUUUGCUUUUUCGAGAAUUACAAUAAACAAGGCUUUUUCAACAA